CCCUCUCCCCAGCUGACACGAACCAGCACAUCCCCACGACCGCUCCGUCCCCCACGUUCGUCGCUCCACCUCGCCGACGAGGGGUCGUUCCCCCAGAUGCAUCCGCUGCUGCCACAUAGGGAGAGGAGGCAAGGGGGUAACAUUACUCCCCGAUUCGCCCCCACCCAGCGGGUCCACGCUUGCGCCGGGCAGAGAGAAGGGCGGAGGGAGGGGGUGUGAAGAAGGGAGGAGUAGCAGUGCUGCUGGUGAGUUGCAGGGGUGGGGAGGGGAUAGCUUUAGCCCCAUGUCCAUGUGUCGGGACCUGUGUUUUCCGUCAGUUAUCUCUGUAACCAGUUAGUUCCUGUGGCUUUUAUCUCCUGUUUUACUUAACGCCUUAAGCGUGUUUUCAGACUUGUAAUGACUAUCUCUAAACUAAGCAUGGUCCUGCUCUUAGUGUUAUAAGAGGGCAGGAGAGGGUGGAUGGGCGGCAUGCUAAUAAAAAACCUAUAAUUCCUGUCUCUGUUUUUCCCCUUCGUGUAUCCUCUGAGCCGCCGGGCUCCUUCUCUUCUAUGUAUCCUUCUCUGUAUCCUUCAGAUUGGCGUCGGUGACCUCCAGGUCCUGACAAGUUGGUACCAGAGCCGACGGCCCUCGGACCCCAAGCCGCACCGGCGGCGUUUUACCCUCCCUCCCUCCCAAGCUCGCACCAGCGAAGUUCUUCCCUAUCCUCCCACCCACGGCGGCCACUUCCCCAGUUCAUCGAUGUCCGACGGCAUCAAAUCACGGGCCUCGUCCAGGUCCCGUACCUCGUCUCGCGAAAGGAAUCUCGACGGGCCGAUCCUUGGCUCGGCUUCAACUACGGACGCCGAACUCGCCGCCUUGCGGGCUCAGCAGCGGUCAGAGCGUGAUGCGCGCUCAGUCGGACGCCGCCUCCGCAACUAUCAGGCAGAGUCGUCCGCGGCCAUCAACCUCCUCACCAGUCAGAUGGAGAACAUGACGGUGAUGAUGGCAAGGAUGCAGACCAGCAUCGACCGGCUUGCGCCACAGGAAGGUACGAACACCCCUGACACUGGUCAAGUUCCAAGCUUUGUCACUCCCCCACCACGAGCAAACACCCAGCUUUCGCCUAUUCCCGAAGUUCAGACGCCCAAAACCACGACAUCCACCCCAAAUCCCCCACCUUUUCCACCGAAUUUAGGCCGCCUAACCCCAGCCCAAUUACCACUUCCGCCUAGCACAUCAGAUGUUCGACUGAAGUCCGUAGUGUCGGAAAGUGAGCCAAUUGUGUCUACGACAGUGACAUCGUCAUCGCAACCAAGCUUGGUGCAGCGCACCAAUCCCACCACUCAGCCACACUACUACCAACAGCAACCACCAUCCACAAGCAUCAACCAAAACCCUACACCGCCACCAAACCCCGCCUCCACCCUAUACCAGCCACAAACCCCAAAUUCCCAACACCCACCACAGCCACUCCAGAACCAACAACUUCCCCCAUCCAACAUGCCCCAACACCCAACAUAUAGCCAGCCACACUACCAACACCACACACCUUCCCAAAACCGCUUUCCUCCUCCACCGACACCCAAUGGUUCUCAGCAGUACCACCAUCAUAACAAUAGUGAAGUGCAUCUUAGAACACCACAUGUAGAAUUGCCUGUUUUCACGGGAGAAGCACCUCGGGCUUGGCUACUGGAAUGUGAAGAUGUAUUUAAUCUGGUGGAGAUUCCCCCUGCAAACAGAGUAAAAUGGGGACUAGCACAUAUUAGAGGGCAGGCUAAGACAUGGAUAAGUAGCUCGGGAAUUUCACUGCAGACUUUGUCCUGGCAGGAAUUGAGCCGAGUACUAAUUGAGAGAUUCCCAGACAACACACUCAAUGAUCCAAUGGAUCAGCUCCAGCUCUUGAAGCAAGUCAAUACUGUCAACUCCUAUAUUGAUUUGUACGAGUCUUGGAUGACACAAAUGAAGCGAGAGCGCAGUUACUUGCCGCUAGAUUUCUUUGUGGACAGGUUUGUUAGUGGGUUGAAGGACAGCAUCAAGCAUAUGGUGCAAUGCCAGAAGCCGGAUACCUUGCUCUCUGCUUACUGGUACGCGAGAAAGUAUGAACAAGCUUACCUGUUAAAUGUGAAAAAGGCAGCACCAGCAGCUCCGGCGCCUAGAGCAUACCCUCAACAACAAAAUCAAAGACCACCAGCUCGAGACAACCGCAACAGACCACCAUUGCAGAACAGAGAACAUCGACAAUGUUGGUACUGCAAUGAAAGAUUCUUCCUGGGCCACAGGUGCCCACAAAUGCAGCGUGCUCUUAAUGCCAUCGAGCUACAAGGUUAUGAAGAGGAGGAUGAACAACCACUGCCAUUGUUGAUAGACCCUCCACCACCACUGAUCCAACAAGUCCCUCCGCAAAAUAUCCCAGCACCUGUGCUUCAACCUGUGCAUCAACCAGAAGUGGUGCAACAAGCAGCUCAGCAUGAGGAAGCCGCAAUGUGCAUAUCAGCAGCAGCAUACAAGGGAUGUACCGGUGAAUCCACUAUAUCCUUAUUGCUCAAUGUCAACAAAGCUCAAGCCAUAGCAUUGGCAGAUACUGGCAGUACUAGCACCUUCAUGGAUGUGGCCUUUGCAAAGCGACACAAGAUACCAUUGACAACAACUAAAGAAAGAACAGUGAAAGUAGCUGGAGGUGGCAUUCUAACUUCUGAUUCAGUGGCUUAUAACUGCAAGUUCAGUAUUCAAGGACACCAGUUUGUCACAAACUUCAGAAUACUGGAACUCCAGGGAUCUGACAUCAUCCUAGGAGUCAAUUGGUUCAAGGAACAUAAUCCAGUGACUUUUGAUUUCAUUGGCAGGCAACUGACCAUAGGAGUGCAAGGAAAAUUGUUGACCUUCAAGGAUCAUCUAUUUCCACAAGACAAACUGAUCAUAUCUUCUGAUCAAUGCAACAAGUUAAUUGCAAAUGGUGCUACAGGGUAUAUGUUAUGGUAUGCAGCAGAUGAGAAGGAUCAAGAUGUAACUAACAAAAACACACCGGUGUCCAACCCAGUGAACAAGCUCUUACAACAAUUUCAAGAUAUAUUUGAAGCACCAACUGGGCUACCUCCACAACGUGCCGGCGAUCAUCAAAUACCACUACUACCUGGUGCAAAGCCACCUAACAUCAGACCGUACAGAAUGUCUCACAGUCAAAAAGAUACAGUGGAGCAAAUUAUUCAGGAAAUGUUGAGGAACAAAGAAAUCAGAAUCAGUACAAGCCCAUACUCAUCUCCUAUCAUCUUGGUCAAAAAGAAAGACAAGUCAUGGAGGUUAUGUACUGACUUCAGAGGGCUAAAUGAGCAAACAGUUAAAAACAAGUUUCCCAUACCAGUUAUAGAGGAUCUUUUGGAUGAAUUGCAAGGUGCUGUUAUUUUCUCCAAAUUCGACCUCAGAUCUGGCUACCAUCAAAUACGAAUGAAUGAAGCGGAUAUUCACAAAACGGCCUUCUCCACUCACUUGGGACAUUAUGAGUACAUGGUAAUGCCUUUUGGGUUAUGCAAUGCACCUGCGACCUUCCAACAACUCAUGAAUACUAUCUUCUCUCCAUACUUGCGCAAGUUUGUUCUGGUUUUCUUCGACGACAUACUUGUUUACAGUAAAAGCAGAGAAGAACAUGUGCAACACUUGGAGAUUGUUCUCAGUGUCUUUCGACAGCACCAACUCAAAGCCAAAAUGUCCAAGUGUCAAUUCGAGCAACCUCAAGUGGAAUACCUCGGGCAUAUUAUUUCUGGCAACGGUGUUGCAACUGAUCCAUCAAAAAUAAUGGACAUUGUCAACUGGAAAACCCCACAAUCAGUGAAGCAACUUAGAGGAUUCUUGGGGCUAACUGGGUAUUACAGGCGUUUCAUUCCAAAAUAUGCUCUCAUUUGCCAACCCUUGCACACUGCCUUGAAGAAAAAUAGCUACCAGUGGGGAACAGAACAGCAAACUGCCUUUGAGCAACUGAAAUCAGUCAUGUCUCAUCCUCCCUUGCUAGCCCUGCCCAAUUUUGAUAUACCUUUCACUCUGGAAACUGAUGCGUGUGAUUCAGGACUAGGAGCAGUAUUGAUGCAACAGUCCAGGCCACUGGCAUUCUUCAGUAAAGCUUUGGGUCCCAAAAACUGUGCAAAAUCAGUGUAUGAAAAGGAAGCCAUGGCCAUCUUGGAAGCUUUACGCAAAUGGAGACACUACUUCCUGGGCAACAAGCUCAUCAUUAAAACGGAUCAAUCUAGUCUCAAGUACUUGGCCAGUCAGAGACUGCUUGAGGGCAUUCAACACAAGCUAAUGCUCAAACUUCUUGAAUUUGAUUUCUCCAUACAAUACAAGAAAGGAAGUGAGAACUUGGCAGCAGAUGCAUUGUCAAGAAAGUAUCAAGAAUCUGAGCAACAACAUAGCUGUACUUCUGAACAGCUCAUUUGCACAACAAUUUCGGUGGCUGUUCCAACCUGGAUGACAGAGAUCACCAAGUCUUAUGUUGGCGAUCAGCACAGUACCAAACUGCUAUAAGAUCUAACAGUAGAUCCAACCAGCCAUUCAAACUACACUGCUCAGUCAGGAAUAAUCAGAUACAAGGGACGACUGUAUGUCGGUUCUACUACUGACCUCAAACAAAAAGUGUUUGACUCCUUCCAUUCAUCUGCCUUUGGAGGCCAUUCUGGGAUCCGAGUCACUUACCAUAAGCUGAAACACAUGUUUUAUUGGCCAAAGCUCAAGCAAUAUGUGACCGAACAAGUGGCAGCUUGCCCUAUCUGUCAAAUAUCCAAAACUGAAAAGGUUCAGUAUCCUGGACUUCUUGAUCCACUUCCCAUACCAAAGUCUAAAUGGUCGGAAAUUAGCAUGGAUUUCGUGGAGGGCUUACCUAAAUCGGAUGGCAAGGAUGUUGUAUUGGUGGUAGUGGAUCGACUCACCAAAUAUGCUCACUUUUUACCGCUAUCCCAUCCAUAUACUGUGCACAAAGUGGCUGAUCUGUUUAUCAACAAUAUCAUCAAGCUCCAUGGACCUCCCACUGUCAUUACAACGGACAGAGACAGCUUAUUUCUUAGCAAACUGUGGACUGAAAUAUUCACUGCAAUGAAAAUAUCAUUGCAUUUCUCCACUUCAUACCAUCCAGAAUCAGAUGGGCAAACAGAACGGGUCAACCAAUGCAUGGAACAAUAUCUACGAUGCAUGGCUUUCCAAGAACCAACUAAGUGGUGCAAAUACCUUCCAGCGGCAGAAUUCUGGUAUAACAGCAACUUCCAUACAGCUAUUCAGAUGAGUCCCUUUGAAGCUCUCUAUGAAUAUUCACCUCCAGUGUUGAAUGAGCUGGUGGGAGUAGCAUCCCUCUCACAGGAAGCCCAGGAUACCUUGGCUGAUAAGCAGAAAAUGGUAACAUUGCUACAGCAGAACCUGACUAAAGCACAAAAUAAUAUGAAGAAAUAUGCUGAUCAAAACAGGACACCAAGGUCCUUUGAAUUGGGCGAGAUGGUCUAUUUGAAAAUGAUGCCACAGCGAGAGAAAGCUUUAGGUCAGGGAAAUCCAUUGAAGUUGGCUUCUAAAUGGUACGGCCCUUUUAAGAUCAUCCAAGCAGUUGGCAAAAGAGCUUACAGGCUACAGCUCCCUCCUGGCACAUUACUUCACGACGUCUUCCAUGUCAGCCACCUAAAGAAGCAUGUGGGCAACAAAGCUGUUCCUUCACAAGGCCUACCCCUGGUAACUCCAGAAGGUAAGGUCAAAUUUCACCCAGUCGCUAUUUUGCAGCGUCGUCAAGUACCUCGGAGCAAUGGUGCAUAUGAUGUAGCAGUGCCUCAAUGGUUGAUUCACUGGGACGGCAUGACUGCAGACGAGGCAACCUGGGAGGAUGCUGAAUUCGUAAUGAAGACGUUCCCUGCCUUCAAGCCCUGAGGUCUUGUCUGAAGGAGGGAGCAUUGUCAGGACCUGUGUUUUCCGUCAGUUAUCUCUGUAACCAGUUAGUUCCUGUGGCUUUUAUCUCCUGUUUUACUUAACGCCUUAAGCGUGUUUUCAGACUUGUAAUGACUAUCUCUAAACUAAGCAUGGUCCUGCUCUUAGUGUUAUAAGAGGGCAGGAGAGGGUGGAUGGGCGGCAUGCUAAUAAAAAACCUAUAAUUCCUGUCUCUGUUU